AUGAGCUCAAUGUUCAAAAAAAAGGGAGGCAUGGCCUUCAAGCCAAAAAUGCCCCAGGCCCGUCCUCGAGCGCCUGGCGCUGCCUCGACGCAACCGCCAAAGGCCCCGUCGUCGACCGCCACGGAAACAGCGACGCAGCCAGAGGCUCCUUCCGUCUCAAACGACAAGACGACGCAGAAGAUCGUUAACACUGCUGGAGUGGAGGAACCGGAGGCGACCCAGUCACCUAAUACCCCGCCAUCAACGAGUCCGAACGUGGGACAGGCUUUUACGCCACAGUCACAGCAACCUGAAUCUUCAACCGUUGUGAAACCGACAGCACAGGAAGAUCCCACCCUCAAGGAUACUACGCACUCGGGCGAAUUCACUGGCAGCCCGGCAACUUCGACCCAGGCACCGACUACUCCUGUGGUGGAGACCCCGCCAUCGACCUCCACCACUCAACCCAACGACACGGCGCCCGCUCAGCUACAAACCCCCCCUGCCACUGCCACUGACCCCUCUGGCACCGAUGCGCUACCAUCUAUCGAGACGCAGGCCGACGGCAUCAUAGCGCCCACAGCGAACAAGACUACAAAGGCCCCGGCCAAGCGAACCAAGAAAAGAGCCCCUCAACCUGGCGACGAGACUGAAGAGGGAGACGGGUCCGCAGCCCCUAAGCCUAAGCGACAGCGCAAAAAGAAUGAUGGCGCAACAACGGAAGAUGGCAGUGAGGCCCAGAAGCGACCGGCCCGACCGAGAAAGAAGAAGGCGGCGGAAGACGGCGCCGUUACGGACGGGGCGGAGGACGGAGCGACCGAAAUGCCAAGAAGGGAAUCCUCUCGCCGAGCCCGUUCAGUAACACCAGAUGACGCCGAAAAUCAGGAGGCCGAUCUCAGCGUCCUCACGAUGGGCGACUUGACACGAGACCUCCGCAUCGGAAAAAAAUUCAGUCGGCACGAUGAACUUCUACAGCGACACCGCGAUAAGCAGCUGAAAGCCAGAGAGAGGCUCAAGAACAAGAGGAACGGAUCAGAAGACGUAGGUUCGGAGAGCGGUACGCCAGCACCAACCACCGGCAGCGGCCAGGGCACGCCGGUGCCCGUCCCCAUGCCGAAGGCGAAACCAGCCAGUGGCGGCGGUGGCAUGGGCCAGUCCGGGCCUCAAUUCCAGAUCAUCGACGGCCAGAUCGUGGUGGACCAAAACUCGCUCGCUCUCGACCGGCACGCUAUCGCCGACGCCGCGGCCGAGGACAUGCUCGAGAUCGAGGAGAACGACUUCACGACACUUACGACGCAGAACAGCUAUCGUACCGGCUCGAAACUCAAGGGACCCAACGUGUGGACGGAGGAAGAGACAGAGCUGUUCUACCGGGGACUGCGUAUGUUCGGCACGGACUUCCAGAUGAUCAGCGGCAUGUUCCCCGGCAAGAACCGACGUCACGUCAAGAUGAAGUUCAACCGCGAGGAGCGCCACGCGCCGGCGCGGAUCGACGCUAUCCUCGUCGGCAAGAAGGAGCUCCAGAUCGAUCUCGAGGAAUACAAGACGUGGACCAAGGCGGAGUACGAGCCUGUAGAGGCCAUCAUGGCCGCUCAGCGCCAGCAACAGGCUGAGUUCGACGCGGAGCAGGCAAAGGCGAAGGCGGCCAAGGAUGCCAUCAAUGCCAGGAAGAAGGCGGCGCUCGAAGACCCCGUCGACGGCGCAGGUGGUUUUGAGGAUGGCGAGUCUUCCACCGGCGGAGGCAAGAACAAGCCGCGACCGCAGGCCAGUGUUGGACCCCAGAUCACUGUCGACGCCGAUGGCAUGAUCACCAUUGACGAGACAAACAUGGAUCCGGACGCCGGACGAAAGAAGAAGGGCGCAAGCAAGGCGAAGAAGAAGGCAGUGGAGUACAACAUGCGCGGCGAGAUCAUUAGAUGA